GGCACAGGCUUUAUAACUCAGUCUAGUUUGAGAAGAGGAACAACAGUUGUCUUUAGAGAGCCUUCAAAUAAAACCAUGGAACGGAACGGUGUACUUUUGUGGAUUUUUGGUUUUGCAAUAGUUGUCUGUGGGAAUCAAGAGACUUUACAACAACCUCCCAUUAGCGCUAAACUCCCGUCAUUGAUAAACAUGAACAACGAUUUUGCUUUUCACCUGUACAAAAGGGUUAUUGAAUUGCCUGACUAUCAGUCCAAAAACAUCUUCUUCUCUCCGUUCAGUGUGUCUAUGGCCCUUUCUGAGCUUUCUUUAGGAGCCGGUGGAGACACCAAACAGCAGCUUCUCAGUGGCAUUGGCUACAACAGCACAAUCUUCAGCACUGAGGAAAUGCACCAGCUGUUUCACAGUCUCCUGGAAGACAUCAGCAAUAGGACAGGAGUGGAUAUCGAUGUCGGCACUGCUCUUUAUGCAAGCGACCGAUUUAAGCCUCAUUCCAAGUUUCUGGAGGACAUGAAGGAGUUUUACCACUCUGAUGGCUUCACUGUAGAUUUCAGGGUCAAAGAAACAGUCGAUCAAAUUAAUAAUUAUGCAAAGAAAAAAACACAAGGAAAAAUCAAUCAAGCUGUUGAUAAUCUGGAAGACGAUACUUUGAUGUUUCUUCUCACAUAUAUAUAUUUUAAAGGAAAAUGGGACAAGCCUUUUAAGCCAGAAAAAACCCGUGAGAGUACAUUUCAUAUAGAUGAUAAGACCACAGUUACGGUGCAAAUGAUGCAUCAGUAUGAACGUCUCAAAGUCUUUUAUGAUGCUGAACUGUCCACUAAAGUCCUCUGUCUUGACUACAAGGAUUCCUUCUCCAUGUUUCUGGCUGUCCCAGAUGAUAAAAUGGAGCAAAAAAACAUCAAAGAUCUAGAGAUGACAGUCUCUAGACAGCACGUUGAAAAGUGGAAGAGAAGUGCCUUUAAAAAAACAGUUGACAUCUACGUCCCCAAGCUUUCUCUGAAAACAUCAUACUCCUUGAAGGAUAUUUUGAAGGGAAUGGGAAUGGCUGAUAUAUUUUCAGAUAAAGCCAACUUUACAGGAGUUUCAGAGGAAAAGAUCUUCGUUUCAAAGGUUUUGCAUAAAGCCACUCUGGAUAUCGAUGAGCAAGGAACCACCGCAGCAGCAGUGACAGGAGUUUCAAUGAGAGUAAGGUUACACAACCCAUUGAGUAUUUUAAAAUUUAAUCGCCCAUUCAUGAUCUUUAUCACGGAUCAAACAAAUGACAACAUCCUUUUCUUUGGGAAAGUCGUCAACCCAAAUGAAAAACUGUGAUGUUGCCCACAAGAUGUUAAGACAAUGUUAGCCAGUAGGUGGAAACCAUUUAACAACUGCAGUGCCAUAGAUUGCAGAUUUUGUAGAGUUCAGUUUUUAUUGUUUUAACACAUCUGAAGCAGCUUAUUUACUGUAGGUGAUGGUUGGAAAAAAAUAAACUGCAAGAAAUUGAUUUGAUUCCUUUUAUACACCACACAUUUAGUGUUUUAAGGUGCUGUAUGUAAGUUUUUGAUUUUUCUAAAGCAUAAAAAACACCAUAAUAUGUUUGCAGAUAUUUAAAAAACAUGCUAAGUGAACAUGUUUAUCUGAAAAACAAUGCUGAAGUCAGAUUUUCUGUUUUUACAAUGUCCAUUACAUGCUAGAACUGCUGUCUUUGUUUUGGUUCUUUUAACCCACCCACUGCCAGUUUAGCAAUUAUAUUUAGCACCCCUGGUUGCUAGUACACCUUAUUUAAUUUGUUUAAAGGUAAUUAUAUAGACAGUAUAGGUGAAAAUGUAAUUAUUUGGAGGCAUGUAAACAUAGUCACUGAGUCUUUAUGUCACUGGAACACUAGGGUGAUUAAAUUAGUUCAGAUAAGAUUCAACUUUAUUGUAAUUCAACAUGUACAAGUACAAAGCAAUGAAAUGCACCUUCUGUUGUAAUAACUAGAAUCAGCUACAGUUUUCUAUUAAUAAUGAGGAAUAUGCACACUGAUAUGAACAUAAUAUACAAGUUGUUAUUUGCUACAAACAGGAGUUGCAAAUAGAUAUGUAGAUAUGUAAGUCAUAAGUUCAAUGUAUAUGCACAGUGGAUAUGUAUAUGUGCAGAGUGGUGCAAUGAUUAUGUGCUAUAUUAAGUGUGCUAUGGUGCAAUGGGAGUUCAAGUUAUGGGGUGGGGUGUAGAUGCACAAGUACUACUAAAUGAAUGUUACGCACAGCUACGAGCAGAAAAGAAAACAAAUUUGGAUGGGAACUGUUUUCUGUAAUUUUGUAUAACUGUAUGAAGUAGGGUUUAGCGAUGCUGACCAAUUUGACAUCGCAUGAUGUCUAAUGUGAAACAUCAAGAUGGACGAUGGCAUCGUCGUUGUAGGUGGCAGUGAAUUAAUUAUUUAUAAAAUAAUUAAUUCAUAAUGAAUCAAUUAUUUGUAUAGUCUACCAUUUCAACUACCUGGGGUCCAUUCUUCGUACCUCGCUUAAAUGAUAUAAGAUGAUUUGUCUUAUCCUGGAUCUGUUCAUCUUGAUAACUGAUCUCUGGCUAAUUUGGUUUUUCAAACAAGUUUGCGAAUCAGAUUAAAAAGUCUGGAUGAACUGAUCUGAAAUCGCUGCAUGUGUUGUGAAGGACUGAUCUAUCCUGAUCAUGAUCAGUAAUGUAACGAUUGGCUGACGGCACAGCAGCGUAAUGACAUCAUCUGAUUAAUAUUCAAUUAUCCAUAACAGCAAAAUUACAUCAAAUUAGCAUUAAAUGGUUUGUGAAAUAUGACACGCAAUAACUUCUCACGUUUGUUGUGGGCUGCAGGCUUUACACUUUCAUGUGUCAAGAGAAUUCAUCAUUUAUUUCAUUGCAUAUCAAUGUAUCGAAUCGAAUAUUGUGCAUGUACGCGUUUGCAUCUUAAAAGUUCAUAUCAAUAAAUUUUGUCUUUGAACCACCAA